CGCCCCUCCGUGCGCCGCACAAGCAAGGCAGGCAGCACACGCACCGCACCGAGCGAGCGAGCGAGCGAGCGAACGAGCCCAGCCGUCGGUAACGGAGAAGAUGGCAGAGCGGCAACAACAGAAACACGAAGGCAGGGUAAAGAUCGGCCAUUACAUCCUCGGCGACACGCUCGGAGUGGGGACAUUCGGGAAAGUGAAGAUCGGAGAGCAUCAGUUGACGGGCCAUAAAGUGGCUGUGAAGAUCCUGAACAGACAGAAGAUCCGUAGCCUCGAUGUCGUCGGGAAGAUCAAACGAGAGAUCCAGAAUCUCAAACUGUUCAGACACCCACACAUCAUCAAGCUGUACCAGGUGAUAAGUACACCCACAGAUUUCUUCAUGGUUAUGGAGUAUGUGUCUGGAGGCGAGCUGUUUGACUACAUCUGCAAACAUGGACGGGUGGAGGACACAGAAGCUCGCCGUCUUUUCCAGCAGAUUAUCUCAGCUGUAGACUACUGCCACAGGCACAUGGUGGUCCACAGAGACCUCAAACCUGAGAAUGUCCUGCUGGACGCCAACAAGAACGCCAAGAUUGCCGACUUUGGUCUGUCAAACAUGAUGUCAGAUGGGGAGUUUCUGCGGACAAGCUGUGGCUCACCCAACUAUGCAGCUCCUGAGGUCAUCUCAGGAAGGCUCUAUGCAGGCCCAGAGGUGGACAUCUGGAGCUGUGGAGUGAUCCUGUACGCCCUGCUGUGCGGCACUCUGCCCUUCGACGAUGAGCACGUCCCCACGCUCUUUAAGAAGAUCAGAGGAGGCGUCUUCUACAUCCCAGAGUACCUGACCCGGUCUGUGGCCUCGCUUCUGAUGCUCAUGCUGCAGGUUGACCCUCUGAAGAGAGCCACCAUCAAAGACAUCAGGGAACACGAGUGGUUUAAGCAGGACCUGCCAGGCUACCUGUUCCCUGAAGACCCUUCAUAUGAUGCCACAGUCCUGGACGAGGAGGCCGUCAGGGAAGUGUGUGAGAAGUUUGAAUGCACCGAGUCUGAGGUUGUGUCCAGCCUUUACAGUGGAGAUCCACAGGAUCAGCUAGCAGUGGCCUAUCACCUUAUCAUAGACAACCGGCGCAUCAUGACCCAGGCCAGUGAGUUCUACUUGGCCUCCAGUCCUCCCCAGGGCUCCUUCAUAGAAGAGGGCAUGCCACUACCCCCUGGAAUCAAACCCCACCCAGAGAGGAUGCCUCCACUCCUGGCCGACAGCCCCAAGUCUCGUUGUCCCCUGGAUGCUCUCAACACCACCCGGCCCAAACCUCUGGCAGUGAAGAAAGCCAAGUGGCACCUCGGUAUCAGGAGUCAGAGCAGACCCUACGAUAUCAUGGCUGAAGUGUACAGGGCUAUGAAACAACUCAACUUUGACUGGAAGGUUGUGAACCCAUACCAUCUGCGAGUGCGGAGGAAGAAUCCAGUGACGGGCAACCUGGUGAAAAUGAGCCUGCAGCUCUACCAGGUGGACAACAGAUCCUACCUCCUCGACUUCAAGAGCAUUGAUGAUGACAUCAUUGAGGCUGUGGGCUUUAAAUCGGGUUCGUCCACUCCUCAGAGGUCGGGCUCCACGGCCGGUCUCCACAGACCCAGGCUGAGCAUCGACUCGGCGAGCCCUGCCAUUGAUCUGCCUCAGCUCAGCUCCUCUCUCCCUGGAUCCCUGUCCGGUAGCUCGCCUUUGCUCACCCCACGUCAGGGAUCGCACACCAUGGACUUCUUUGAGAUGUGUGCCAGUCUGAUCACCACACUUGCACGCUGAGGCCUGAGGACUCCUAACCUCGCUGUAACCUGGAUGUCAGUGGGGUUUUUAAGCCAUUUGCAGAUCUGGGAUGUAAGGAGUGGAGGUGUUUUGCUUGACUUCCUCUUUCUGUCUCCUCUCCAUCUCUGUUCCAGUCGUAUUGGACUGGAAGGGUGAAGAGCAGAGCCUGUGCAGUGUACCCUCAGAUGAAGGAGAGAGAGAAAGAGGGAGGCCUUUGGUCAGAAAAGCAGAUUAAUCGCUUUGUUUCUUGUUUUGCCACAGUCCUUGGGGUCAGAGUCUUGGUGUUUAAACAUUGGGCCGCAGCUGAUCCUGGGACUGGAAACUGUGAGCAAGUGGAGGCCGGCGGAGGUCACAGUUCACACCCAUGUCGGAGUCUGCAAAGGUCAAGUUCACUGUCGCUCAUCCCUCUGAUACCUUCAAUCUAUUACCAACUGCUGAAACGUCGUCACCCAC